AUGGAAGGUUCCAUUGCUCUACUGAAGACGUCCCCGGUUAGGGUGGGUGACCAAGUUGACGAAGAUAGAGUCUUCUUUCAUCGGAUGUUUUGGACAUUCCCUCCGUGUAUUGAGGCUUUCCGCCACUGUAAGCCACUGGAUGGUAACUCGAAUAUUUUGCCUGUUGCGUUUGCACUCGUGGAGGGUGAGAACGCAGAGUCUUGGUCAUACUUUCUUUCGAACCUUAGAAGGCAUGUCACUCCACAGCAAGGUAUUCUCGUGAUCUCUGAUAGACACAACGGCAUCAAGGCUGCACUAGAGUCCCCCGAUAGUGGUUGGCAACCUCCCCAUGCUUAUCGGGCAUUUUGUAUUCGGCAUGUUGCUGCAAAUUUUGCCCUCACUUUCAAGGGACAGGAUGCGAGUAGGUGGCUGGUAAAUGCCGCGUAUGCAAAGACGGAAGCAGAAUUUGACUAUUGGUUUGAUAUAAUGAGGACGGAAAACCCGGCCAUGUGCGAUUGGGCAAAUAGAAUGGAGUAUGAGAGGUGGACACAACACAAGGAUGGGGGGAGAAGAUAUGGUCACAUGACGACCAACAUUUCUGAGCUUGAAGGGCACAAGAAACCUACCGGUGACGUCUCUGUGGCUGAGACGACGCCCACCGGCAAAUUCUCUUUGGGUAGCUAUCGGGUUUCUCUAAGGGAUCGCACCUGCGAUUAUGGAUACUUCCAGGCGCUGCACUACCCCUGUUGCCAUGCCCUCGCAUGCUGUGCGCAGUCACGGCUAGAUUGGGCCACUUAUGUCGAUGAGGUGUACACCAUGUCUGAGGUCUUUAAGGUGUAUGAGAUGUCCUUUUCACCUUGUAUUCCAGAGGGGCUUUGGCCACCAUAUGAUAGGCCGACAGUGAUCCCCGACCCGGGCAUGAGAAGGGCAAGAGAAGGACGACCACGGUCCACCCGCAUCCGCAACAACAUGGACGAAGCCGACACCAGCCGACCUAAGAGGUGUGGCCUGUGCAGGCAGCCCGGUCAUACCCGAAGGGUUUGCCCUCAGCGAGGUUCUACUAGCGGGAUAUAG